CCAAAUUGUCAUGCGUACCUACCGUUUUUUCACCCAUGUCGGCUUAGAAAUUAGGAGUAGGGUUUAUGUUAUGUCAUAUCCAGUUUAUUAUCAAGGUCGGUGUACUCAACACGGUGGGUAAAAUUUCUUUAUCUCGACCCAUAUUUCUUUUAAAUAGGAACAGUUUGGGUAAUUUGACCCGAUAAAACGUUCCACAUUUAGAAUCAAAGCAACUUCCGGACGCGUUACCCUGCAUUUCUGAACGCACCCCUGCUGUUCUGUGUCAAGUCAAGUUGUCAUACAAAACAAAAAUAAAUAAAGUUUGGUAGAAAUAAAACAAAAACAGCAAAAACUUAUUUUGUUUUAUUUUAAAUACUUGGAUGAUUCAAGAUGCCUGGAAGAAUAUGUGCUAUUGCUACGUGCAACAACAAUCAGGCUAUUUUAAAUAAUCAAGGAAUAUAUACUACUUUUCAUUACUUCCCAAAAGGCAGUGAUUCGGAGUCUUGCGCUAUUCGUAAAGAAUGGAUAAAACGUUGCAGAAGGGCAGAUAAAUUUAAUGUAGAUACGUCUACAAUUUGUUCUUCGCAUUUUACGCCGAACGAUUAUGAAAGAGACUUACAGAAUGAGUUGCUAAAUUUACCUUUACGCAAGGUUUUGAAAAAGACUGCUGUACCCACAAUUAAUUUAAGAAAGACUGCUGUACCUACAAUUAACUUAAAAAAAACUCUUGAUGAAUCUUCUAAAGAAUCUCAUCAAGAAAAAAGAACUAAAAGAAAGAUGAAUAGAGACGCCGUAAAAGAAACAAUUUCUUCUACUACCCACUAUCCUAAUAUGAAAAACGAAAAUGUACAUGGAAAGACCUGUAAAAUUCUGGAAAACACAGAAGAUACUGAAGAAAUUAUUUUGAUUAUUACAGAUCCUACAACUGAAACCGUUAAUUACAAACAAAAAUAUGAACAGCUACUACAAAAAUAUAAUAAUCUAAAACAAAAAUUCAUUUCUUGUAAUAAAAGUAAAGCCUGCAAGAAUGUGAUACUUACUGCUAAGGACCAAAAAAUAAUAAUUUGGAUACAAGGAUGUCACAAAGAUAUGUGUUCUAAAGCUUUACCAGAGUGA